GUUGAAUAGACUUAAUCAUAAAAGAAGAAACCGUGCGUGCUAUUUUUAUAUAUUUGGUGUUAUUAUUUAAAUCAAUUAUUAAUAAAUACUAGUUAAACUAUAAAUUAGAUAAAUAUUUAUAAUACCACUUAUUAGACAAAUACUAAAAGCUUUAACAGCAAUGUCUCUAGCACCCAGUGUUACCCGCAAAUCUUUGCAAACCGCUCGAGUUGUUGUAAUCGGCGCCGGACCAUCUGGUAUAGCGGCCGCUACUAAAUUGCUAGAGGCCGGUUGUCAAAAUGUCAUUAUAUUAGAAGCAGAGAAUCGUAUUGGUGGUCGCAUACACACCAUACCGUUUGGCGAUAGUGUGGUCGAUUUGGGUGCUCAGUGGUGUCAUGGUGAGAAAAAUAAUGUCAUCUAUGAGACCGUACAAAAAUUGAAAUUGAAUGUAUUGGAGAGUACGGGCACUGUUUAUGAUGACUACAAAUGUAUUAGAUCGAAUAAAGAGAUUUUGGAGGAAAAUCUAGCUGAACAAUUGAAAUCGAUUGCUUUUAAUUCUAUACCCGAAAGACAAGAGGGUUUGACGGCUUAUGAGGGUUCGUUGGGUUCUUAUUUGACUGAGAAAUAUUGGAGUGAGGUGGAAAAAUUACCCACAAAAGUGGAUCAUACAGUGGCUGUAGAGUUUUUCGAAAAUUUUAAGAAAUUUGAAAGUUCUGUAGAAGCCUCUGAUCAUCUUUUUGAAGUUUCCGGUAAAGGUCAUUUGGAAUAUUGGCUAUGUGAAGGAGAUUUGCUGCUGAACUGGAAAGAUAAGGGGUUUAAAACUUUUUUGGAUAUUUUAAUGAAAGCCCAGGACAAAAACCCCUGGGGAGUUUUAACAAAACGUAUUUUACUCAAUCAUAGAGUACAAAAUAUUGAUUGGCUUCAAGAUAACCAGGUCAAAAUACGUUGCUUUAAUGGUCAGGUGAUAACGGCCGAUCAUGUUAUAUGCACUACCUCCUUAGGAGUUUUAAAGGAAAACCACUCGACCUUAUUUACUCCUUCAUUGCCUAGACAAAAAAUUAGAGCCAUUGAAGGUUUAAAAUUGGGCACAGUUGACAAAUUCUUCCUAGAGUUUAAAGAACCUUUUGGCCCUCAAGACUGGUCGGGUGUGUGCUUCCUUUGGCAGGAAGAAGAACUUAAGGAAUUAAGAAGAUCUGAGCUGUUCUGGUUGGAAAGUGUAUUUGGUUUCUAUCGUGUCUCUUACCAACCCCGACUCUGGCAAGGCUGGAUUAUAGGUCCUCAUGCUCGUCAUAUGGAAUCCCUACCCGAAGAAGAGGUUUUGAAUGGUCUUUUAUGGUUGUUUAGAAAAUUCUUUACUUUCCCCAUACCACAACCCAUCAACUUUAAACGCACCCAAUGGUAUUCCAAUGCCAGUUUUCGUGGCAGCUACACUUUUCGUUCCAUGUACACCGAUGAGUUACGUACUGGAGCCUGGGAUUUGGCUUAUCCUUUGACCGAUGUUCAGGGUAAACCCAGAGUACAAUUCGCUGGUGAGUCUACCCACAAUCAUUAUUAUUCUACGGUUCACGGUGCUGUGGAAUCGGGAUGGCGUGAAGCUCAACGUUUAGUGGAUUUCUAUAAAUUGGUACCAGCUCAAUUGUAAUUGCUGUACGAAUAGAAUGUUUUAUUAAGCAGUUAUUAUGUACUUAGUUUGAAGUUGUAAAAAAAUAAAGUAUUAAAAAAUAUUAAUAAAA